AUGUUCUCCCCGGUGUAUGAAGAUGUGUCCGGUCUCUUCGGCCGCCCCAUGCCCAUCUCCAGCUUUGGUCCACCAGCAGAGUUGCAGUUUCCUCAAACACACUACAUGGCGACAACCACCAACGCACCGCAGGCACCAGUUCAGCAGCAGCAGCAACAGCUCGCUGGACGCGCUACGGUCUACUCGUUGGUUGACGCAUCUGGUGUGCAGCUGCACCGCCAGGCUGCAUUGCCGCAGCAAAUCCCAAUGGGCAACGUGUCGUUUGGCGCCUUCGAUGGCGCUUCCAUUGUUCCAUACGAAGUCUUCCUGCAUCAGCACCAUCAGCAGCAGCAGCAGCAGCAACUCCCCGCUGCCAGCAAGCCCGCCGCUGUUCACACUGAGGAUGGUGUGAAGUACUACUUUUCCUCUUCAGCAGGUGCACCGGUGAUGACUUCUGCUGGCCCUGCAGCGGCAACACAGUCCAACAUCAUGCAGGUGCAGCCGCAUGGCACCACCUUCUACACUCUUGAAUCGAAUGGCACCAGAACGACGUUGACCUCCACGCCUCCUGCCAGCAGUCACUACCCCGGUGCAGCAGCCGCAGCAGCGACCGGGUUUUCGAGCAGCGGCCCGCUCGGUAGGACGCCGGCGGCUGUCGGUGGCGCCUCGGUAACCCCUUAUGCGAUACCAGGCCGCGUGCCUAGCGCCUCCCCUGUUGCUGUGACAAACAACCAGCACCGCCCUGGCAGUGGAAUCAACACCAGCGUGUCUACUCGCCGAGAGAACCAGGCCACGCUUUAUGAGAUGCUAACCGCCAAGGCCACACUGGAUGUGUUCGACCCGGACUUUAAGUUCAUCUACAAUGUACCGACGAGCUGCGUGGUACACCUACCACCUGCACGGCUGAACAUUACUCGUCUUGUGCUGUGCCGCAACUACCGCUUGCAUGAACCGCAGAGCUGCGCGAUGGGGAGCAGCUGCAAGUUUGUGCACGCGGACUGCAACUACACGAAGCUGGAGGCACACCCAAUUCACGUGAACUACAUCUGGCGCCAUGAGACUCUCUGCACGUACCCACGCAUGCCGGCCGGCGAGAGGCUGGAGGUGGUGCAGCCGGAUGGUCACAGUAUUGUGAUUCUCUCGGAAAAGGUUCUCCUGACGGCCGGCGCGGCAGCGCGGAGGGAAGAGGGAAAGACUACGCUGAUGUGCUGCGACAGCUACGAAAACAGUGGCAUGUGCAACAGCGGCGAACGGUGCAACUUAAUCCACGCCGUGCAUGUGGACCCAAGCGUUCAGGGCGACUUCAAGCGCGCUCCUCGAAAGCGCGAUGGACAGAGCAGUGGCAACAAUCACAUCAGCCACGUUUCUAGCAGCGCAAUCCAGUGCACGAAUAACAACGGCAGCAGCAGCGCGAGCAACGGCGAAGCGAGCGGACGGGCGCGGCGGAGAGGCAGCUCACCCACUGUGGAGCAGUUACCGCAGCGCCGACACACCCAUUCUCCAGACACCGUGAACACCAACUCCAGCAAUGCGACCAACGUCACCAUGCUGAACGGCACGACGUCCAACACGACUACGUCCACUCCAGUCGAGAGGAUCCUGAAUACAUCUGCGUCUGCGAAGCUGCAGGAAGCGGUGUCGCAGCAGCUGCGCGCAGCGGGGGGUAUGAGCUCGCAGCUGGUGACUCCGUCUUUCUCCAUCUCGCUCACACCCUUUGCCAUUCAAACAUUGACGAGCUCUCAGUCACUGGGGACGCUUUUAUAUCUGCCGCGCGGGGCUUCCGAGGCUACGGUGCUCGGGCCCGUCGGUGCCGGCGAGGUGCCGCAGUCCCCUCGUUGA